AGCAGCUGCACGUGACGCGGGGGCGCGGCGUGGCUCGGACGCUUGCAGGCGGCGGCUGGGACCGCGGGCGAGCUGGUGGCAUGGCGGCAGCGACUACAGCAGAGCUGGAGGCGCCCGAGCCCAUGCCGAGCUACACGCAGAUGCUGCAGCAGAGCUGGGGCACAAUGCUGGCGGCGGCGCGCGGCUGCGGGGACUGCGGCUGGGGCCUGGCGCGCCAGGGCCUGGCGGAGCACGCGCACCUGGCUCCGCCCGAGCUGCUGCUGGGGGCACUGUGCGCGCUAGGCUGGACCAUGCUGCGCUCGGCGGCCACCGCGCGCCUCUUUCGGCCCCUGGCCAAGCGGUGCCGUCUGCAGCCCAGAGAUGCCGCUAGGUUACCUGAGAGUGCCUGGAAGCUUCUGUUCUACCUGGGCUGUUGGAGCUACUGUGCCUACCUGCUCUUAGGCACCAAGUACCCUUUCUUCCAUGACCCACCUUCUGUAUUCUACGACUGGAGGUCAGGAAUGGCAGUGCCCUGGGACAUUGCAGUGGCCUACCUACUACAAGGAAGCUUCUACUGUCACUCCAUCUAUGCCACCGUGUACAUGGACACCUGGCGCAAGGACUCAGUGGUCAUGCUCAUUCACCAUGUGGUCACCCUGCUCCUAAUCACCUCUUCCUAUGCCUUCAGGUACCACAAUGUGGGCAUCCUGGUGUUCUUCCUGCAUGACGUCAAUGACGUGCAGCUGGAAUUCACCAAGCUCAACAUCUACUUCAAGGCCAGGGGCGGCUCCUACCACCGCCUGCAUGGGCUGGUGGCCAACCUGGGCUGCCUCAGCUUCUGCUUCUGUUGGUUCUGGUUCCGCCUCUACUGGUUCCCGCUCAAGGUCCUGUAUGCUACCUGCCACACCAGCCUGGUCUCCGUGCCUGACAUUCCCUACUAUUUCUUCUUCAACACACUCCUGCUGCUCCUCACCAUCAUGAACAUCUACUGGUUCCUGUAUAUCAUGGCUUUCGCUGCAAAGGUACUCACAGGCCAGAUGCGAGAACUGGACGACUUGAGGGAGUAUGACUCACUGGAAGCCCAGAGUGUCAAGCCCAGCAAAAACGAGAAGCCGUUGAGGAAUGGCCUGGUUAAGGACAAGUGCUUCUGAGCCCCUCCACCCCAACUCCAUCUCCCAGGACUCGGUCACGCCCAACCUGGGAAACUAGGCCUGGUCCUUGGACACUUGGCCACGCCCAUAGGAACC